CACAACAGCUCCACAAGUACAACUCCUGCAAUAAACAUAAACCGAUCAAACAAAUUAACCGAGCAACUAUCAUGGCUUCCGAUGAGAUCAUCUGGCAAGUAAUAAACCAGCAAUUCUGCUCUUUUAAGUUAAAAACAACAAAAGGUCAAAGCUUCUGCAGAAACGAAUAUAAUGUAACAGGCCUCUGCAACCGUCAAUCCUGCCCGCUAGCCAACUCCCGUUACGCCACCGUCCGCUCUGACAACGGCGUCCUAUACCUAUACAUGAAGACCGUCGAGCGUGCACACAUGCCUAGCAAACUCUGGGAGCGCAACAAGCUCUCACAAAACUACGUGCAGGCCCUAGCACAAAUCGAUGACCGACUAAUCUACUGGCCGAAAUUCCUCAUACACAAAUGCAAGCAACGUCUCACCAGACUCACCCAGGUCGCUAUCAAGAGCCGCAAGGUGGCCCGCGAGGAUGAGCGCAUGGGUGAGAAAUUGGUCGGCGUUAAGCCAAAGGUCAAGAGGCGUGAAGCUACAAGGGAGAGAAAGGCAUUGGCGGCGGCAAAGGUUGAGAGGGCGAUUGAGAAGGAACUUGUGGAGAGAUUGAUGAGUGGGGCAUAUGGGGAUAAGCCGUUAAAUGUUGAGGAGAACAUUUGGAAGAAGGUGCUUAGGGGCCUGGAAAAGGGUGGGGAGGUGGAGAGGGAUUUGGACGAGGAUGAGCUUGAGGAUGAGGAUGAACUAGAGGAGGAGGAUGCUGGCGAAGUAGAAUACGUAUCUGGCGACGAAGACCUCGAAGGAGAGGAACUGGGAGACCUAGAAGACUGGCUACAGGAUAGCGGCGCUAGCUCAUUCGAAGAGGAUGAUGACAAAGACGAGGACGAUAGCUCUGACGAGGACGAUGACAGUUCGGAGGAGGAAGAUGAGGACACCCAGUCUACCCAGAAAGCACCCACCAGGAAAGCCGCUAAAGACAAAAAGCGCAAGAGAACACAAGCUCCUCAGAAGCCAAGGAAACGCGGUGCCCACGUCGAAGUAGAAUACGAAGAAGAAGCUGCCCUCCCCCAACAGCGAGAAAUGGCAUUCUAAAAACCUCCCAAUUA